UUUUUUUUUCUUUUCUUUUUUUUCUUCCUUUCUAGAAUCAACGUACCAAACUAAUCCAGCCUUAUCAACCCAAACUCAUUCUGGACAAAAUCAAACCAUAAUAGCCAGAGUCACAAACAUAGUCGCUUUAUAAUGGCCGACACUCACACAUCAGUUGCUUCGACUAUCCCACCAGGAGGGACUAUCGACGCCGACACAGUUGCUCUGACUUUACUUCUUGUCUCCGGGUCACGCUCAACGUUCAUGUUCAGAGGUGGAGAUACUAUUGAGACGGUCAAGAAUAAGGUCUAUGAGAACUGGCCCAAGGAGUGGCAGGAAGAGAAACCAGCAUCACCUCAAAGCUUAAAGAUCCUGUAUCUGGGCAAAUUCCUUGCGGAUAACUCCACACUUGAAUCAAACAAGAUCCAACCUGGUGCCACAACGAUAGUCCACCUCACCAUCAAGGCACUAGAACAGGAGUUGCAUGGACAUUCCAAAUUGGAUCCAGAUGCAAAAUGCAAAUUCUGUCUCAUUCUUUAAAAAAAAAAAUCUUUUUACUAUUCUCUAUUUGUAUAUUCAAUUGGAUACGCUUUUUGCCACACACACACACACACACACAUACUGCUUACGUCUACAGUUCUUGUAUUGCCCACCUUUUGUCCUUUUGUCCUUUUGUCCUGAGUGACUACAGCACCAUGGUAUCUCAUAAUGCAUUCGAUUGACUGGGCUACCGCCCCUUUUUUCCCAUCUACCUCUCUCACACCACAAACAUUCUCUCUUUAAUAAAACAUCAAUUAUGGACUUAAGGGGCCCUCUG